AUGAUCGCCUCGCAUAUGAUCGCCUGCUUAUUCACGGAGCUCAACCAAAACCAAGUGCAGAAGGUUGACCAGUAUCUCUACCACAUGCGUCUCUCAGAUGAGACCCUUCUGGAGAUUUCUAGGCGUUUCCGGAAGGAGAUGGAGAAAGGGCUGGGAGCUACCACGCACCCUACGGCAGCUGUGAAAAUGCUGCCCACCUUCGUGAGGUCAACUCCAGAUGGGACAGAACAUGGAGAGUUCCUGGCUCUGGACCUUGGAGGAACUAACUUCCGUGUGCUCCGAGUGAGAGUGACAGACAAUGGGCUCCAGAGGGUGGAGAUGGAGAACCAGAUCUACGCCAUCCCUGAGGACAUCAUGCGAGGCAGUGGAACCCAGCUGUUUGACCACAUUGCCGAAUGCCUGGCCAACUUCAUGGACAAGCUACAAAUCAAAGAGAAGAAGCUCCCACUGGGUUUCACCUUCUCUUUCCCCUGCCACCAGACGAAACUGGAUGAGAGUUUCUUGGUCUCAUGGACUAAGGGGUUCAAGUCCAGUGGUGUGGAAGGCAGAGAUGUGGUGGAUCUGAUCCGGAAGGCUAUCCAGCGCAGAGGGGACUUUGACAUUGACAUUGUGGCCGUGGUGAAUGACACAGUUGGGACCAUGAUGACUUGUGGUUAUGAUGAUCAGAACUGCGAGAUUGGUCUCAUUGUGGGUACUGGCAGCAACGCCUGCUACAUGGAGGAGAUGCGUCACAUUGACAUGGUGGAGGGUGACGAGGGACGGAUGUGCAUCAACAUGGAGUGGGGAGCCUUCGGGGACGACGGUACACUCAAUGACAUCCGAACUGAGUUUGACCGAGAGAUCGACAUGGGCUCACUGAACCCUGGGAAGCAGCUGUUUGAGAAGAUGAUCAGCGGGAUGUACAUGGGGGAGCUGGUCAGGCUCAUCCUCGUGAAGAUGGCCAAGGCAGAGCUGCUGUUCCGAGGGAAGCUCAGCCCAGAACUCCUCACCACCGGCUCCUUUGAGACCAAAGAUGUCUCAGAUAUUGAAGAGGAUAAGGACGGAAUCCAGAAGGCUUACCAGAUCCUGGUGCGCCUGGGUCUGAGUCCAUUGCAGGAGGACUGUGUGGCCACACACCGAAUCUGUCAGAUUGUGUCCACGCGCUCGGCCAGCCUGUGCGCGGCCACCCUGGCUGCGGUGCUGUGGCGGAUCAAGGAGAACAAGGGCGAGGAGCGACUUCGCUCCACCAUUGGCGUUGAUGGCUCGGUCUACAAGAAACAUCCCCAUUUUGCCAAGCGUCUCCAUAAGGCAGUGAGGAGGCUGGUGCCUGACUGUGAUGUCCGCUUCCUCCGCUCUGAGGAUGGCAGCGGCAAGGGGGCGGCUAUGGUGACAGCGGUGGCUUACCGUCUGGCUGACCAACACCGGGCCCGCCAGAAGACCCUGGAGUCUCUGAAGCUGAGCCAUGAACAGCUGCUGGAGGUUAAGAGAAGGAUGAAGGUGGAAAUGGAGCAAGGUUUGAGCAAGGAGACGCAUGACAUUGCCCCUGUGAAGAUGCUGCCCACUUACGUGUGCGCCACUCCAGAUGGUACAGAGAAAGGAGACUUCCUGGCCUUGGAUCUUGGAGGAACAAACUUCCGGGUCCUACUGGUGCGCGUGCGUAAUGGCAAGCGGAGGGGCGUGGAGAUGCAUAACAAGAUCUACUCCAUCCCGCAGGAGGUCAUGCAUGGCACUGGAGAGGAGCUCUUCGACCACAUUGUCCAGUGCAUCGCAGACUUCCUUGAGUACAUGGGCAUGAAGGGUGUGUCCCUGCCUUUGGGUUUCACCUUCUCCUUCCCUUGCCAGCAGAACAGCCUGGACCAGAGCAUCCUCCUCAAGUGGACAAAGGGAUUCAAGGCAUCUGGCUGUGAGGGCGAGGAUGUGGUCACCUUGCUGAAGGAAGCGAUUCACCGGCGAGAGGAGUUUGACCUGGAUGUGGUUGCCGUGGUGAAUGAUACAGUUGGAACUAUGAUGACUUGUGGCUAUGAAGACCCUCACUGUGAAGUUGGCCUCAUUGUUGGCACUGGAAGCAACGCCUGCUACAUGGAAGAGAUGCGGAAUGUGGAGCUGGUGGAUGGAGAGGAGGGACGGAUGUGUGUCAACAUGGAGUGGGGAGCGUUUGGGGACAACGGCUGCCUGGAUGACCUGCGUACAGUGUUUGAUGUCGCAGUGGAUGAGCUUUCUCUCAACCCUGGCAAACAGAGGUUCGAGAAGAUGAUCAGUGGGAUGUACUUGGGUGAGAUUGUGCGCAACAUUCUCAUCGAUUUCACGAAGCGGGGGCUGCUCUUCCGGGGCCGCAUCUCAGAGCGCCUCAAGACAAGGGGAAUCUUUGAGACGAAGUUCCUGUCUCAGAUCGAGAGUGACUGCCUGGCCCUGCUACAGGUCCGAGCCAUCCUGCGCCACCUAGGGCUGGAGAGCACCUGCGAUGACAGCAUCAUCGUGAAGGAGGUGUGCACCGUGGUGGCCCGGCGUGCGGCACAGCUCUGUGGUGCAGGCAUGGCCGCCGUGGUGGACAAGAUCAGAGAGAACCGUGGGCUGGACAACCUCAAAGUGACGGUGGGCGUGGACGGGACACUGUAUAAGCUCCAUCCUCACUUUGCCAAAGUCAUGCAUGAGACGGUGAGAGAGCUGGCCCCAAAAUGUGACGUGUCCUUCCUGGAAUCAGAGGACGGCAGUGGGAAGGGAGCGGCCCUCAUCACUGCUGUGGCCUGCCGCAUCCGGGAGGCCGGGCAGAGAUAGAACCCUGGGGGCCAGACGGGACUUCUCUGCUUCCUCACUUCCCCGUUUUAAAUUAUGAGGAGAUGGACCCCCUGGCAUUUCCUUGGCAGAGAGGACCCUGUGAGACUGGGACUUUUGUCUCUGUAUAUUCACUGUAGAGUUUGGUACCCAAUCCUUGACCUUCCUGAGACUCAGAAGUAAGGAAUUGUUCACAGUUGUUCCUGCUGAUCACCUCCUGGGAUGGUCCCUCCCCCGUUCUACUUCCUGUACAAUCCUAUGGGAUGGGGACAGUCUUGAGAACAUGGUCGCCUCAUCUUGGAGCUGAAUGUGACAUUUGUAGGUGGAGAACAUCUUGAAAUGUUGAUGCUUCUCUCAUCAGAGGCAGAUGUUGGGAGGGAGGGAGGAAGAGGAGAGGUAUGGACGUCCCUCUUCAACUCAACCCAUAAGCAUCACCCUGCCGGUUCUAAACAUUUGCUAUCCUGGAAUAGAGCAAUCCAAACCAAAGCUAGAAUCGACGCCUCCUUCAAGUGUUUGUGGCUUUACCUCACACGGCUGAAUGUGUCAUCCAUGAGCAACAGACCUUGGGGACAGCGGUGGCUUUGGUGGCUUUUCAAUGUUUUUUUUUUUUAAUUUAUGUUUGAAAUUUAUUUAGUUUGAAGCAGGUCCUCUCCUUCAUCGUGUAAUGGUUAAUUUUGUAAGUAAUGUAUUUAUAUGUUCCUUUGUUCUGUAUAUAGCUGGCCAGGGUCUCCUCUGACUCGGCCUCAUGAGUAGAUCAUUGUAGUUCAGGAAAUGAGGUGGAGACACUGACUGGCUCUCGAAAUACCUCAUUCACCCAAGGGAAGAGGAGAGACAUGGAGCCUCUUGGUGAGUGAUCGGCAGAGUGCCAGCCUCCCGGCUUCCUCUUCGGUCUGUGAGGUGUAUGCAAAGCAGGGAUGGAGACUGGUCCGCUGGGACGAAGAAGCCACCGCAGCUGGCUGCUCGGUCCAGAUGCUUUCCUAAGUGGUCUCACCUGGAAUGUUAGCCAAAGAAAACCAAAGGAUUUGUUGCAAGUUCUUACUGCACAGAGGACGUGAUUUGUAGGUCAGUCAGCGUUUCAAGACAGCUUGACAAGAUAAAGGAAGCCACGGAAAACUGUUUUUAAAAGUCACAUCUGACUGUUGGAGCAGACCAUUUGAAGCAUUGAACCAAACCUCAGGGACGUCUCGGGGUGUUUGUUCGUUUGUCCUGCUAACAGAUCCCACCUCUGGUUUGUCUCGUGUUUUACACGAGACACACGCUGUCUGUCUGCUUCCUCGGACUGAGCUGCAUAGAGCUUCCAACUCGCCUUUUUAUACGUGUUAUUUAUUCCAGACUAUUUGAGGAACGGGAAGACACCGAUGCCCUGUUCUCUGCUCUCCCAACACGGUUCGCUGUGAAUCCAAAAGUUCACUUCUCCCUUCAAAAUAUUAAAUUGACCACCAACGUUAAACCUGAAUAGGACGUAAUAAAGAGGGAACAGCCUUGUAACACUAAUAAACAAGAUACGGGGGUCAAACAGAAAGACCAAGAGAAAACAGCAUCGUGGCUGCAUUUCGAGCAUCUUUCAAACUGUUCUGAGCAGAGCCUGGUUACAACGAACAAACUGGAGUAAAUGAAGGCUGCCCAAGUCCUCCGGGGAGGCCCAAGGGAAGGUUGAAUCUCGAUGCGUUCCAGGCUGGCACUGCCUAUCUGGGGUAGCUCCCUCAACCUGCAGUUACCUUAGCAGACCACUGAAAGCCAAAGCCACCUAUGGAUGUGUGCACCACUAGAGGGUAGCCACGGAGUGCGGAUGGAUUCUGACUAAAUUUUUGGAUCUUGAAUUUUAAACUUUAAAAUCAAGCACCAUCUAGGAAAGGACUCUCUCUUUUUU